AUGGAUAACGGAAGCAAUAUUCGUAUUGCUCGUGAGAUUACAACAUUUAAUUAUUCACAUGUUUGGAACAUAAGAUGUGUUGCUCAUGUGCUGAACCUUAUUGCAAGUAACAUAAUAAAAGUUCAACCUGUUGAUCACGUCUUGAAACAGGCCAAUCAAGUAGUUCAAUUUUUUAAAAAGUCACAUAGAGCAAACCAGCUUCUUCAUGAUGAUAUCAAAAAUAUGAAUUUGGAUGGUGGUGGUUUAGAAAUGUACUGUAAAACAAGAUGGGCUUCUAUUUUUGGAACUACAUCUUCAAUAGUAAGAUUAAAGCCCAUUUUUGAUAAGGGUUGUGUAAUUACUUUUACUUACAUAGUAAAUAUAAUACCUAUUGAAAAAGGUAUUUCGCAAGUCAGUAUAGUACAGGCCGAAUUUUAG